AUGUGUUCUUCAGAAGCUAGGGCGUACUCCAGAAGCGACGCGCAUUGUCCUCGCCCGGGCAAUGUGGCAAAUAUGCGAGGGCUACCAGCUAGAGGACGAAGCCGGCCAAAGAAGUUAGUCCGCCAUCGCCAGCAACAUCCAGUGCGCUUGGCAACACUUAACGUUGGGACGCUUACUGGAAGAAGUCGUGAACUGGCUGACAGUCUCAGAAAACGCCGUGUUGACAUAUGUUGUAUACAGGAGACUCGCUGGAAAGGCUCCAAGGCAAGGGAAUUAGACGAUGACUACAAGCUGAUCUACCAUGGCACAUCAAAUCGCAAUGGGGUUGGUAUCAUAUUGAACGAGUCGUUUAGAAAUAGCGUCACAGCGGUGGAUCGACUAUCGGAUCGCUUGAUGGCUGUAAAAGUAGAUAAAGGAAAAGUGGAAUUGCGAGUCGUCUCUGCUUAUGCGCCACAGGCGGGCUGUAGUGAAGAAGAGAAGGCAAGCUUUUGGGAGGAUCUGGAGCAGUACGUCCAAUCCCUGGAAAGCGAAGAAAUACUUUUAAUCGGAGGAGACUUCAACGGACAGUCAGUUCUCGGAAAGACGGAUUCGAGAGUUGUCGUGGUGGAUACGGCUAUGGAGCUCGUAACGACGACGGGUUGCGAAUCCUGGAGUAUGCUGUUGGAAGUGACUUGA